UUAAGAACAAGAACAUAGUCAUUCGAGGUUAUCUGUCUGAAGUAAAGUGCUGUCAGGAAUACCGUUCUGCCAAUAUUGCGUGACUAGUAGUGAGUAAACCAUAGCAAAAAGUUUGGUCACAUUAUCAUUCCGUGAAAUUUAUAGUUUAUUCAAUAAUCACCCAUCAAGAUGCUCAUAUCUUUACUGAUCACAUUGACAUUCAGUUCGAUAUGCAGCGCAGCCCGUAUCUUAGCUCUGCUAACAGUCAACUCUCGUAGCCACUUCUUGGUGAUGGAGCCUCUUCUUCUGGAGCUUCACCAGAGAGGUCACCACCUUACCGUCGUCUCCAGCUUUCCUCACAAGAGACCGCUAGAAAACUAUACGGACAUCGAUUUUUCUUCUCAAUUUCCCCCGUUGAUUAGUGUUUUGACUCCAGACAUUUAUAGAAAGAAAAUAUCAAUGAUGUUUUUAGACAUAAACGUCGUAACUGGAAUUCAUAUGGCUGCUUGUGAACAACUAUUAAGAGACGAAAAGCUUUUGAAUCUUCAGAAUGAAACUUUUGACCUUGUAAUUGGCGAAAUAUUCGGCUCUGAUUGUUUUAACUAUAUUCCGUACAAAUUAAAAGCUCCGUUUAUCAGUUGGGUAAUCAGCCCUGUGUCGGCUUGGACUUCUGAUCGCACUGGGCUUCCGGACAACCCUUCUUAUAUACCAAAUUACUUUUUGGAGUACGGAUCUGAAAUGAACUUAUUUCAAAGAAUUUACAGCACUGUGUCUUUGAUUUGUGCUAAAAUGCUAUAUAACUACUACUCAGAAAUUCCAAGCCAUAGACUGGCUGAAAAUGUGUUCAAGGAGAAAUUGCCCUCCAUGGAUGAAGUAAAUCGUCAGACAUCCUUGGUAUUUGUGAACAGUCACUUUGUAUUUUCACAGAGUCGACCAUUUCCACCCAACGUUGUUGAAGUUGGAGGCAUCCACAUUAGGGGCACGCAACCUUUGCCUGAGGACAUAAAGUUAUUUAUGGACAGAGCAACACAUGGUGUGAUCCUGUUCAGUUUCGGGUCACUGGUGAGGGCCUCCUCGCUGCCUCCACGUGUAAUCCGCAUGUUCCUGGACGUAUUCUCGACUUUGCCACAAAGGGUUAUAUUCAAGUAUGAAGACGAGCUGGCUGAUACACCUCCCAAUGUAAUGUUAAAAAAAUGGCUCCCCCAAUUGGAUAUUAUAGCCCAUCCCAAUGUUAGAGCAGUUAUUUCACAUGGUGGCUUAGCCAGCACUACAGAAGCAGUGCAUUUCGGAAAGCCACUAGUGGCCAUACCUUUCUUCGGCGACCAGUUUCAGAACGCGAACAACGUAGUGCGCCAUGGUUGUGGCGUCUUGCUUGACAUAGCCAGUAUCUCAGAGCGUGACAUUUCGAAUGCUCUCGCGGCAGUUCUAAAUGACUCAAGAUACAAAGAUAACAUGAGGAGAUUGUCACAGCAGUUCCGAGACAGACCGAUGACAGCGCUGCAGACAGCAGUGUACUGGACAGAGUACGUCAUCAGGCACCAGGGGGCGCCACACUUGCGCCCAGCUUCUGUGAAUCUGCCGCUCUACCAGUACCUACUACUUGACGUCAUCGCUGUCCUCGUUACAUCCCUGAUUGUUAUGGUCUUUGUAAUAUACGGUUUUGUGCACUUUAUGUACUUACGCUUGAAAACAAUUACACAUCGAAUAAGAAUUUCUAAAAUCAAAAAGACUAAUUAGGCUAACAUAUUAUUUAAAUUCGUAAUUUUGUCUUCUUUUAUUGGUCCAAUUUCGUUGUUUCAUUAUUAGUUAUUAAUAUUAAUGCAUUACUAUGUACUGCAUAUUUAGCUUCAUUAUUCACACCAAACACAUUUUCACGCUUUUAAUUUAGCAAAGCGAUGAUGGCCAGUGUAAAUAAUUACAUCAAUUAUGAUUUUUAGUACUUUAUAAUUAAAUUCCAAUGUGACAAUUAAACAAUAAUAACAUGUUUAAGGUUACCUUGUAAGUUAUUGUAUCAUUCAUAUUGUUUUGCUUUUUACUACAUAUUUUAUAUUUAUAAAAUCUAAGAUAAUUUGCUACAGUUCAAGUAAAGGCAAAAAUUUUAAAGAUAAUUAAAAAAAUAAAUGUUUACAGUUAUUGUAAUAAAUCAUAGUAAUAAUGACUAAUCAGAUGAACAUAGAACUAAUAUUGUCAGUAUAACCACUGUUAGUAGUUAAUAAUCAAGUUAUCACAAUUACGGAUGGUAAGUAACAAAUGUUUAAAAACAUACAUGAGGUUUCCUCGCUCUAUUUACGGUUGUAGUAGUUUCUCGCCAUUAAAACUCAAUAAUUUCAUUGGUUAAGGUAAUGUUGUUAUUGAUAAACUACCUUAAAUCUGACAUAUUAUUUCAAUUUGCAAGUAAAUUAAAUUAUUAGCUUUGAAAUGCUAAAACAAGUCGUUAUUACUGUCAAGAAUGGUCAUUAAAAGUAGGAUGUUUUAUUGUACAGAUCAUAUGCAACUUUUACGUUUGUAACGCAAGACAAAACUGCAUUUUACAAUUAAAUUUGUACGUUGUUAAAAAAAAUGUUACGUUGUUACAUGGUGAAAUGCGUUUCUUGUGCUGGACACGCAUUUUUAUAGUCCUUUGGGAAUUAUCGUAUCGAUAUCUUAUAUUUCGUAGUUUAUUGCUUUAAAUGUGCUAAAUAUCACUAGUAAUAUACUGAUUGAUCAUUAUUACAACAAAAGAAUGAUGUUUCUUACAAUAUUGACACGAAUUACACAAAUACAAUAAAGUGUGAAGUGUAAAGUCAUGAAAGUGUAUGCAAUGUCCAAUGUGAUAUCUAUAGAACUACGUAACAUAUACUGUGUUUUUAAAAGUUUAAAAUUAUUACAUAUGUUUACUAAAAAUAAAAACGUUAAGUUAGUAAAAACCUACUUUAAAUUUAGUAAAUAUAUAGUUGUAUAGACUACUUUUAGAAAUAUUGAACGUUACUUAAUAUUACAAGUAAAAAUUGCCAAGUAAAGGUCAUUAAGUCGUGUUCAUACCAAUUCUCUUUGGUAAUGGUUUAUUAUUUUUUUUGUUUAAAAUUGUAUAGUAAGUUUUACAUGAAGAACAGUGAUUUAAUUUGUGUAGUUAAUAAUUUAUAAAAUAAGUAAUUAACUAAUAGCUUAAUUAAUUACUUACCUGAUUUUGUAAAUACAAAGAAGGCGUUUUCAAUUUA